GAGGAGUUGAUGUGUCUCAUUAUAACAGCCAAUGCAGCCGCCAUCCACGCACAAGCAAAGAAGCAUGUCCCAUUUAAAUACACCCACGCAGCCCCAGCGCCCUUAGCCGAUCAGGGCGCGCAGCCCACACGCAUCGCGGCUCUGGGCUUGGAAAUCCGCGCAGGUUGGGCUCCCGGACCCGGCGGACCGGCAAGCGGAGGCUCGCGAUCAGGCGCUGUGGGGCCGGAGUGGGCGGGGGAGGCUGGGCCCCGGGCCUCUGGCGCGACACCCGCAUGAGGACGCGAGUGAAAUAGACCAAGGUGGAAUUUCCAAGGGAGAAGCUUCGGGGUGGUUUUGGUCCAUUUCUCCCGCGAAGAAGUCGACAUGGCGAGCGACUCCCCGGCUCGCAGCCUGGAUGAAAUCGAUCUCUCGGCUCUGAGGGACCCUGCAGGGAUCUUUGAAUUGGUGGAACUUGUUGGCAAUGGAACAUAUGGACAAGUGUAUAAGGGUCGUCAUGUCAAAACGGGCCAGCUUGCUGCCAUUAAGGUUAUGGAUGUCACAGGGGAUGAAGAGGAAGAAAUCAAACAAGAAAUUAACAUGUUGAAGAAAUAUUCUCAUCACCGGAAUAUUGCUACAUACUAUGGUGCUUUUAUCAAAAAGAACCCACCAGGCAUGGAUGACCAACUUUGGUUGGUGAUGGAGUUUUGUGGUGCUGGCUCUGUCACUGACCUGAUCAAGAACACGAAAGGUAACACGUUAAAGGAGGAGUGGAUCGCAUAUAUCUGCAGGGAGAUCUUACGAGGGCUGAGUCACCUCCACCAGCAUAAAGUGAUUCACCGAGAUAUCAAAGGGCAGAAUGUCUUGCUCACUGAAAAUGCAGAAGUUAAACUAGUGGACUUCGGAGUCAGUGCCCAGCUUGAUCGAACAGUGGGCAGGAGGAAUACCUUCAUCGGGACUCCCUACUGGAUGGCACCGGAAGUUAUUGCCUGUGAUGAAAACCCAGAUGCCACAUAUGAUUUCAAGAGUGACUUGUGGUCUUUGGGAAUCACCGCUAUUGAGAUGGCAGAAGGUGCUCCCCCUCUGUGUGACAUGCACCCCAUGAGAGCCCUCUUCCUCAUCCCCCGGAACCCAGCGCCUCGGCUGAAGUCCAAGAAGUGGUCAAAAAAAUUCCAGUCAUUUAUUGAGAGCUGCUUGGUAAAGAAUCACAGCCAGCGACCAGCAACAGAACAGCUGAUGAAGCAUCCAUUUAUACGAGACCAACCUAAUGAACGACAGGUCCGCAUUCAACUCAAGGACCAUAUUGAUAGAACAAAGAAGAAGCGAGGAGAGAAAGAUGAGACGGAGUAUGAGUACAGCGGGAGUGAGGAGGAAGAGGAGGAGAACGACUCAGGAGAGCCCAGCUCCAUUCUGAACCUGCCCGGGGAGUCGACGCUGCGGCGGGACUUCCUGAGGCUCCAGCUGGCCAACAAGGAGCGCUCCGAGGCCCUGCGGCGGCAGCAGCUGGAGCAGCAGCAGCGGGAGAACGAGGAGCACAAGCGGCAGCUGCUGGCCGAGCGCCAGAAGCGCAUCGAGGAGCAGAAGGAGCAGCGGCGGCGGCUGGAGGAGCAACAGAGGCGGGAGAAGGAGCUGAGGAAGCAGCAGGAGAGGGAGCAGCGGCGGCACUACGAGGAGCAGAUGCGCCGGGAGGAGGAGAGGAGGCGCGCGGAGCACGAGCAGGAGUACAUCAGGCGACAGUUAGAGGAGGAGCAGAGACAGUUAGAGAUCUUGCAGCAGCAGCUACUGCAUGAACAAGCUCUACUUCUGGAAUAUAAGCGCAAACAGUUGGAAGAACAGAGACAAGCAGAAAGACUACAGAGACAGCUCAAGCAAGAGAGAGACUACCUGGUUUCCCUUCAGCAUCAGCGGCAGGAGCAGAGGCCCGUGGAGAAGAAGCCCCUGUACCAUUACAAAGAAGGGAUGAGUCCUAGUGAGAAACCAGCAUGGGCCAAGGAGGUAGAAGAACGAUCAAGGCUCAACCGGCAGAGUUCACCUGCCAUGCCCCACAAGGUUGCCAACAGGAUAUCGGACCCCAACCUGCCCCCGAGGUCGGAGUCCUUCAGCAUCAGUGGGGUUCAGCCUGCUCGGACACCCCCCAUGCUCAGACCAGUCGAUCCCCAGAUCCCACAUCUGGUAGCUGUGAAAUCCCAGGGACCUGCCUUGACCGCCUCCCAGUCGGUGCACGAGCAGCCCACGAAGGGCCUCUCUGGGUUUCAGGAGGCUCUGAGCGUGACCUCUCACCGCGUUGAGAUGCCGCGCCAGAACUCGGAUCCCACCUCUGAAAACCCUCCUCUCCCCACUCGCAUUGAGAAGUUUGACCGAAGCUCUUGGUUACGACAGGAAGAAGACAUUCCACCAAAGGUGCCUCAAAGAACAACUUCUAUAUCCCCAGCAUUAGCAAGAAAGAAUUCUCCUGGAAAUGGUAGUGCUCUGGGACCCAGACUAGGAUCUCAACCCAUCAGAGCAAGUAACCCCGAUCUUCGGAGAACCGAGCCCAUCUUGGAGAGCCCCUUGCAGAGGACCAGCAGUGGCAGUUCCUCCAGCUCCAGCACCCCGAGCUCCCAGCCCAGCUCCCAAGGAGGCUCUCAGCCAGGAUCACAAGCAGGAUCUAGUGAACGGACCAGAGUUCGAGCCAACAGUAAAUCCGAAGGAUCACCUGUGCUCCCCCAUGAGCCUUCCAAGGUGAAACCAGAAGAAUCCAGGGACAUUACCCGGCCUAGUCGACCAGCUAGCUAUAAGAAAGCUAUAGAUGAGGAUCUGACGGCAUUAGCCAAAGAAUUAAGAGAACUUCGGAUUGAAGAAACCAACCGCCCGCUGAAGAAGGUGACGGAUUACUCCUCCUCAAGUGAGGAGUCGGAAAGUAGCGACGAAGAGGAGGAAGAUGGGGAGAGCGAGGCCCAGGACGGGACGGUGGCUGUCAGCGACAUACCCCGGCUGAUACCAACAGGAGCCCCCGGGAGUGCUGAGCAGUACAACGUGGGGAUGGUCGGCACACACGGGCUGGAGACCUCGCACGCGGACACGUUCAGCAGCAGUAUUUCAAGAGAAGGAACCUUGAUGAUAAGAGAGACGUCUGGAGAGAAGAAGCGAUCUGGCCACAGUGACAGCAAUGGCUUCGCCGGCCACAUCAACCUGCCGGACCUGGUGCAGCAGAGCCAUUCUCCCGCUGGGACCCCAACCGAGGGCCUGGGGCGCGUCUCCACCCACGCCCAGGAGAUGGACUCCGGGACUGAAUAUGGCAUGGGGAGCAGCACCAAAGCCUCCUUCACCCCCUUUGUGGACCCCAGAGUGUACCAGACGUCUCCCACUGAUGAAGAUGAGGAAGACGAGGAAUCAUCAGCUGCGGGAACCCAGAGGUAUCCAGGGGCCCUAGGAAAAGCUGUUCCUCAGAGAUCUCCAAACUCAUCACAUAUUUCUCAAAAGCAAUUCCUGGCUCUGUUUACUAGCGAACUUCUUAGGCAAGAACAGGCCAAACUCAAUGAAGCAAGAAAGAUUUCAGUGGUAAACGUAAACCCAACCAACAUUCGGCCUCAUAGCGACACACCAGAAAUCAGAAAAUACAAGAAGCGAUUCAACUCUGAAAUACUUUGUGCGGCCCUGUGGGGUGUAAACCUCCUAGUGGGAACCGAAAAUGGCCUGAUGCUUUUGGACCGAAGUGGGCAAGGCAAAGUUUAUAAUCUGAUCAACCGGAGGCGAUUUCAGCAGAUGGAUGUGCUAGAGGGACUGAAUGUUCUCGUGACAAUAUCAGGAAAGAAGAAUAAGCUACGAGUUUACUAUCUUUCAUGGUUAAGAAACAGAAUUCUACACAAUGACCCGGAAGUAGAAAAGAAACAAGGCUGGAUCACCGUUGGGGACUUGGAAGGCUGUAUUCAUUACAAAGUUGUUAAAUAUGAAAGGAUCAAAUUCUUGGUGAUUGCCUUAAAGAAUGCUGUGGAGAUAUAUGCCUGGGCUCCGAAACCAUACCAUAAGUUCAUGGCAUUUAAGUCUUUUGCAGAUCUCCAGCAUAAGCCACUGCUUGUUGAUCUCACAGUAGAAGAAGGUCAGAGAUUAAAGGUUAUUUUUGGUUCACACACUGGUUUCCAUGUUAUUGAUGUUGAUUCAGGAAACUCUUAUGAUAUCUACAUACCAUCUCACAUUCAGGGCAAUAUCACUCCUCAUGCCAUUGUCAUCUUGCCUAAAACAGAUGGAAUGGAAAUGCUCGUUUGCUAUGAGGAUGAGGGGGUGUAUGUAAACACCUACGGCCGGAUAACUAAGGAUGUGGUGCUCCAAUGGGGAGAAAUGCCCACGUCUGUGGCCUACAUUCAUUCCAAUCAGAUAAUGGGCUGGGGCGAGAAAGCUAUUGAGAUCCGGUCAGUGGAAACAGGACAUUUGGAUGGAGUAUUUAUGCAUAAGCGAGCUCAAAGGUUAAAGUUUCUAUGUGAAAGAAAUGAUAAGGUAUUUUUUGCAUCCGUGCGAUCUGGAGGAAGUAGCCAAGUGUUUUUCAUGACCCUCAACAGAAAUUCCAUGAUGAACUGGUAACAGAAGAGCACUUGGCACUUAUCUUCAUGGCGUUAUUUCUAAUUUAAAAGAACAUAACUCAUGUGGACUUAUGCCAGUCUAGAGGCAGAAUCAGAAGGCUUGGUUGAACAUACCGCUUUCCCCUUUUCCUCUCCCUCCACCCGUCCCAAAACAGUCCAUCUUUCUAUGUUGCAGCCUGGUUGAGAAGGAGAGAAAAAGGUGGCAGGAAUUUCCAGGAGAUCCCCAAGAAUGCCGCGUUGUCUGUGGACAAAGAUGGACCAUGUGCCCUUCGGAGUUAGGGAUAGAAACAAAUAUUGUGUGCUCUUAUGAUUAAGCUGUGUUAUGGUGGAUUUUUGAAUUUUGUUUUGUUUUUUUUUACCUUUUUUCUUUACCCCCUUGCUUUGUAAGAAUGGGGAGAGAAUGCAUCCUGAGAAAAAGAUCUGUUUUUAACUGACUGCCUACUAGCUUUAAGUAUCCGAUACAUUGUAGACUUUCCCAUUUCGAAUGGUGAGAGACACCACAAUAAAUGUACCUUAUCUCGUGACACUGAAGGCCAUAACUACAUAGUGGGGUAAUUUUAGAACUCUUUUGCCUUCACCAACCCAAAAGGUUGCUUUUUGUGAGCAACUGCGAAUGAAUUUUUAAAAGAGAAGAAAAAUACUAGUUUUCCCCUCUUUUGGGAAAUCGAUUUUAAAUGGCUAAACUACUAGCCUUAGACUAAUAAAAUCAACUACCGUUUUUGUGAGUCUGACAGGCGCUGCUUUUCAUCUGGCCCUGUGCAGAGCGGAGUGUGCUGAGUGGGGCAGUAGUGCCGUGGAGCUGAGCUGGCUCCAGCGGAUGAGGGACAUCUACAGUACACCUUUUCCUCGGCAAUUGUGACAGAUCAGGGCAAAAGACGGGAUGACAGAUGGGAUGAGACGGAAAGAGCUUCUGAAAACAAGCUAAAAAUGUAUAUAAAUAUACACCUUUUUUUUUUUUAAAUGCACAAAGCUUCCCAGCUAAGAGGUCACUCGGUUCAGGCUUAUUAGGAUAAGACUUUGUUGAGUUCUUUCUGGGAACUGGGGAAUAAGUACCAUCCAGGCUUUGGUCAUUCCCAGCUUUCUCCUGAGGGUGCCGCUUUCUCAAGAUGAAAACUGUGACUGAAAACAUAAUAACAAUAAAUGUUUCUGAGCUGCCUGUGUUCUCUCUGGGUUGGUGAGAGAAGGGACUAGAUUACUACUAAGCCUGCCUGAGACCCAGCAGGCAUCCUUGGUUCCAAUUUUAUAGAACUUGAAAGCACGGUUUUGGCCAGAAUUCUGCGACCCUAAUCAUUUUACCUUCCUCCAAAUUACCCAGCAUACGGUAAACAACAUUUGUGCAGAUAUGUAUGUAUUUAGUUCAGGUUGACUUGUGUCCUUAUAAACUCUUACACGGAUGAUUUGAACUUUUACGUGACGGUCUGGGAUUUUUUUUCCAAAGCUACAAGCAUGGCUGCCUGUGGUAUCGAGGUGUUGCAGAAAUGGUAUCUGUGUUGCGCUUCCUGUUUUAACCUACCUCGUUUCGUUUGUUUUGUUUCACUGUUCAUCACAGCAGUGUUAUCUCCAGGAGACAUAUAGAGAGCUCAACUGGCAAUCUCACAUGUAUUUAAUAUUUUUCAAAUAAAACAGUAGUUGACCAAAUUGUUCUUCUUGAAAAAUUGGAAAAUAAUCCAACAACAACAAAAACUAAUGUGGCUUGUUUCUGGAGAAAACAAUUACUGUAAACAGAUUUUUUUUAAAUCUGUGGUUCUACUGAUUUUGCCUAAACACCUGAGCAGCUGAUGUACUAUUAAUGAGAACGAAAUACACAUUAGGAAAAUGGACCCAUUUCAAUCUGGUGAUUUGGGCAAGGGGGCACGGGGAAGGGGAAAUGGUUCAGUUUCUGCCCCUCCUUUGAAGAUGGUUGUCAUUUGCAUUUAUUUUAAGCAAGUAACAAAGGAAUGGAAUUGAGGGUUAUCUUCAGGCGAUCACCAAGAUGUCCUCAUUUGUGGUCCCUUUAGCGCUCAAAAGCAAUGAAAUCCUCCCGUUCUCAUUUUUACUGCUAAGGUUCUGCUGCUGAACAAUACAAUUUUCACAAAUUCCAUGCAACAAAUUCAGCAAUAACGUUUUGGAUUGAAUUUAGCAACUACUGUCAUUGGAUGCUGACGUGGACAAGUACACUGAUUUGGGUCUCAUCCCCGAAUGUGAUUGCCACCAGCUCUUUAUAUUGCUGCUGUGGUAUUUUAAACCAGAAGCUUCUUUAAAUUAUGUUGCAAACUGAUCUUUGUUUUUAUGUUUUGUUUUGUUUUUAUUUCUAAGUGAUAAGUUCGAAACACACAGCUUUAAAUGAUUUUUUUAUUGUGGGAUUUUGGGUACAGUUAAGAAAUAAAAGGGAAUCAUUGUGUUUAAACAUAAGGUAGUUUGUGAAUGUAUUUUUUAAAACCUAGAUUCAUUGAAACAAAAAAUCAUAAGAAAACAAUAUUAAUGCAGUCUUGUUUACAGUAUGUACAGUGACAUAACAUAGAACAUGAGCUUUUCUGGUGCCAACAACAAUAAAACACAGACGGUAAACAUCAAGCCAUGCCUUUUAUAUUUUUGUACAAAUAUUACACAGAGUUCAUGGUAAAGCCAAAUUUAAAAGGGCCCCACAUAAAUCUGUGCUUCUUAAAAGCUACCUAAAGAAUUCCUUGAUGCUUUUAACUUAAAAAAUACAUUUCCUCCAUCAGGACAGGUCCUAGCCCUGAAAUACUGAGGCUUAGGUCAUACAGAAUGUUUCAGAAUAGCUGUUCUUGUGGCUCAUAAAAAUCCCCAACUUCCUGGUUUACUUUAAUUCUUUUUUUGCUGGGGGGAGGCAGAGGUUGGGGAGUAGUGGUUGUACUUUUCAUCCAUCUGAAAUAUCACCUUAAAAAUAAAACAAGCCAGUUCUGGAGACAGAAUUCCUGACAGGAAGAACUAAAGCUAAAAACUGAAACUGAACUAGUUACAAAAGAAAUUUAUUAAGAUUUUUAUACAAAGAGAAAUUGAGCCCUCUCCCAAAGUAAGUUUCACUAGAUCUUUUCAGUCCUUUCUACUCUAAAUUGAUUAUCAUUCAGUAAAAUCCACUGCAACUGCCCACACCGCAGUCGUGGACCAAGGUCUGCCAGGUGACCGUCGCUGCGGGGUGCUGGUCCGCGACACUGUAGCAGGGACUCCUCCAUGCAGUGGGCAGUGGGAAUAGAUGAUCUAUAAGAUCCCUUCAAACACUGAGUCCUCCCCAUGCCAGUCACAUUCAGACCAUCGUCCUUGCACACAACAUGAGUGAGGACAGCUUGCAGUAAGUUCCACAUAAAGUCUAAUGACCUUAUUUACAUGGUCUCAUUUUUCUUGAAGACUUAUAAACAGUGCUUCAAGAUGAUCUAGAGCUAUUUCAACAGUUCAGAUUAAGGCACAGAUGACAUCCCAGAAGGCCACUCAAACAGGAACUCCAUUUUUCUAACACUUUGACACUGCUUUCUUAGAUGGGCUUCUUACAGACAUGGCCUCAAGCACACGUUUUUUCAAAAGCAUCUUAAUUCCUGGUUGUCAAGACCUACUAACAGUUUUCUGUCUGCUCUUGUGACUUAUUGGUCAUUGGUGUCUCUGGUCCCUCCUGUGCAGUAGAUUAGAAAGAGAUGUGAUAUUCAGACGGGGGCCAUUUUGGUUUUGUCCAUUGCCAGACAAGGAAGAGGCUAAAGUCUGACCUCACAUUCCAUGAAGUUAAAAAUAAAAAAUUUUCGCCACUAGUAUGUGUCCCAGUUCCCGUCACUGUAUUCUUGAAAUGUUGAAGAGCUCUUUGUGUUAACAGUGUGUGCUGCUUUGAAAGUCUGCUUGAACAGCCAUCACUUGUAUUUGUGCUGAUUGCUUUAAGAUAUAAGAUGUGCUACGUUAUUUUUAAGAAAGAAAAUGCAGUUACUGAUCAAACUUUUUUAACCUUCUGGAGGGAAAUAGGAGAAUAUCUACGACAUGUGAGUGACCCUGCCAUGCUCCUGAUAGUCCCGGAUCUUCUGAGUCUGUGUUCUGACUGUCUCAGUUUCUGUGAAUUGUUAGCUACCUUUCAGUUCAGUCCUCGAAACUUUCAAGCUAACCAAAUGAAACAAAGAAUAACAAACAAACAAACCAAAAACUGGCCUCCCCAAUACUACAUAGUUACCACACAAAAUCCAAAACUCUGAAUUUUAUUCCAUUUACCUGCCAUUUUUUAUAAAUAACAUUACAUUUUGGCCUUGAUCGGUGUAACUAUAUCAAAGACUUUAAAAUGUGCUGCUGUCCUUUUAUGGGUCUCAAAAAGGUCGUCUUCUUUCAGAAGCCUCUGCAAAAAAGAAAAACUUGAGAAUCUGCAAGUUCAAAGCUGACCAUUUGUACAUUUCUACCAAACAUUUUCUAGUGCUGUUUGGUUUCUAUACAGUAUCAUUAUUCUGGGAUUUUUUCCCAUUAACAAUUAGAAUAUUCAAAAAUUUGCAUUACAUUAAACACUAUGAGACCAUAACUCUCUGCUUUGAACUUUAUUCUUCUAGCACUGUCACUCUGGAAAGUGCCAGAAUGCACCAAAAUAAAAAUUCUCAUAAAAGCAUUUUUAAAACAAAAAUCCCUGGAUAUGUUUUGAGAUAUUUUUAAAUUCAGAUCAAAAGCUUGGACUUUGUGUCCAUGAUGCCAAACAUUUGGAUGAAGACUAGAAAAUACAGUUUAAAAUAGAAAUGUUCUAAAGUUUCCAGUUUUUUUGGCUUUGUGUAGAUACCUUUAAACUAACUCAACUGCUUGCAUGAUGGGGUUUGGUUUUGAUGCUUUGUUUUUGAUCACACUAAACUGCACUGCACAGUUGAGGCUGGGCAAAUACUGGAGGAAAGGUGAGUUUUCAUUUCCACCAGUGGAUUACUGUUUGUCCAUAGCAAAUAUCCACACCCCAGUUGCCCCUACUCCCUAUCUCUUCCCCUAGUGUUAGUGUUAAGGAAUAGUAAUUCCAUAUUAUGGUUUAUUUUAAAACCUCAGACGUCAUCCUGAAUCAGAAUUUCAAAUGUUAGGUGACAGCAAGAAAUAAAUCUGCAGCAAGGAAAAAAAAAAAUGACAGCUUGGAUGAAUUUUUAAAUUGGAUGUGAAACUAUUUUUGUGCAUUUUAGCUGUCUUAUUUACAAUGUUAACAUAACUGUAAAAAUGCCAAAUUUAUAAUAUUGGAAGGGAAAACUAUCAUUUUGCUAUGCCUACAAGUGUUUACACUGUUUAAAAUCUCCAGUUUUCUAAAGUGUUUUAAAUUGUCAAAAAUGUGCUGAAACUAACUGUCUCACCUGUGUCAGGAUAUAAAGGAAGAAAAUCUUGGUAUGUUUUCUCGUCUGAACCUUUUGGUUACUUUCAAGUAGUUUUUACCCUGCAUAGAAAAGGCCUUCAGUUAUUGUUGUCUAAGGUGGUUCCAAGCAGUAGUUAGAAAUGAUUUGGUAGGUUCUGAGCUGAGGUUUUCCCAUACUGUGACUGCCAUGCCCUGAAAUAUACUAUUUUAUGUUUAUCAAAAUGUGAAUAAUAAAAUAUUGAUAGUAGUAGGAUGCCUGCUUGUUCUUCAUUGCUACAUCUAGACUAUUAUCCCUUCUUCCUCCUAAAAGUCAAUGCUUCAAAGCUGUUGUCAUCAGCCUGUAAAGUCUCAACUUACCUUCUCAUUGCUUCAGUAUCUUGCUUCUUCAGAUCACUGUCACCGUCUACAACACCACCCUUUAUUAAUUCUUGGUGAUUUCAGUAUCCAUUUAGACAAUCCUACAAAUACCCUGGCUUCUCAGUUUCCUGAUCUUGACCAGUGAAACUUACCAUUCCCAAUUACUGCCCCACCUCCUUAACUGGUAGCAGUCAGUUCUUCCCAUUUGGUGGAUCCCAUCCAAGUCACCAAGUAAUGGUCAUCACCCCAACAAUCUUCCUCUCUCUUCUGUAUCACCAGCUUUGCCCACUCUAUGGCAGGAUUUCACUACAUUCAUGCUGCUAUCUCUUGUGUUAUAAACACCCUCAGCCCCAAUACCCUCCCAUCUUAUUUAUCUGCUCCCCUUCAAACAAAGAAAAAAAAAACUCUUCCAAGGGAACUGGGUAUGCUUUCCAUCUCCAAAUCCUCUCCUCCCUUGGUCUCUUGAACCAACUCAAAUCAGGCUUUCAUUCCUACCACAAGCAGCUCUUGCUGAGGACACCAGUUAUGUCCGUGCUGUCUAACGCAACGCUCAGGCCUCUGACUGCACACUGCUUGAUACACCUGCAGUCUUUGACACAGGUAAUAGCUCCUUCCUUCUCAAGGUGCUUUCUUGGCUCUGGGACAUCCCUCUCGUGUUCUUUUCUCACCUCUCUGGCUAUUCCUUCUCAGUGCCUAUUGCUGAGUUCCUGGAGUGCCCAGCACUGGACAUCUCUCUCUAAGUGACCUCUUCCAGUCUUGGGGCUUGAAAAACCAUUUAUAUGCUGGCAUUUUUAUCUCCAGCCCUAACCUCUUUUCUGAAAGCCAGACAUAUGUCUAACUACUUACUUAACAGUUUCAUUGAAUGUGUAAUUGGCAUCACAAACUCGACAUGCUCAAAACUAAAUUUGCACCCCACGUCCCAAUCUACGCCCCUUACAGUCUGUGUCCUAUGUCAGUAAGUGGCAACUUAGUUCCUCCAAACCAAAAUCUUGUAGUUUUCUCAAUUUUUCUCUCUCACAUACCACAUGCCAUCCUAAAAAUAAAAAAAAAAUUAAAAGGAUAAAACUUACUUCCCAUAGCUUUACAGCAUAUCAACAGUCCAAGCCGAGUGAGACCAUGUCAUAUCUUCCCUAAGAU